CCCAGACCCCAAACCAGUUUGUUGACUGACUCCUCACACUCAGAGCGAGCAAAGCAAGACACAGAAUAAAAAGGGACUUUCAGGGUUUUUUUUUCUUCUUGUGUGAAUCUUCUCCGCUCCUUGUUUGAAUUUAGGAUUCAAAAAUGGAGGUGGAAUCCGCAGCCAUGGAAGUGAAAGGGGUCCUAACUGAUGAUAGUAGAUACGUGCAAUACAACCUACUGGGUAACCUCUUCGAGGUCUCCGCCAAGUAUGUCCCUCCGAUACAUCCCGUCGGCCGAGGUGCUUACGGCAUAGUUUGCUGUGCGAGAAAUUCUGAAACUAAUGAAGAGGUUGCAAUUAAGAAAAUCGGGAAUGCAUUUGAUAACAGGAUAGAUGCGAAACGGACACUACGUGAGAUCAAACUUCUUUGCCACAUGGAUCAUGAAAAUAUUAUCAAAAUUAAGGACAUCAUACGUCCACGUCAGAGGGAAAAUUUCAAUGAUGUGUAUAUUGUUUAUGAGCUAAUGGAUACUGAUCUUCAUCAAAUAAUACGGUCAACCCAGACAUUAACCGAUGAUCACUGUCAGUACUUCUUGUAUCAGUUACUGCGAGGGCUGAAGUACAUUCACUCAGCAAAUGUUUUGCACCGAGAUUUAAAACCAAGCAACUUGCUACUCAAUGCAAACUGUGACCUCAAGAUUUGUGACUUUGGGCUCGCAAGAACUACCUCAGAGACGGAUUUCAUGACAGAAUAUGUUGUGACACGUUGGUAUCGAGCCCCAGAAUUGCUGCUCAACUGUUCUGAGUAUACUGCAGCAAUUGAUAUUUGGUCAGUUGGUUGUGUUUUUAUGGAGAUUAUUAAAAGAGAGCCACUGUUUCCUGGUAAAGACUACAUUCAACAGUUGAGACUGAUAACCGAGCUAUUAGGUUCACCAGAAGAUUCAGACAUUGGUUUCCUAAGGAGUGAUAAUGCUCGGAAGUAUGUUAAGCAACUUCCUUGGGUCCCGAAACAACCAUUUUCUAAGAAGUUUCCAAAAGUGCCCCGGUUAGCCAUUGAUCUUGCUGAGAAAAUGCUUGUUUUUGAUCCUAGCAAACGAAUAACUGUUGAUGAAGCAUUGAAUCAUCCAUAUUUAUCGAGUCUCCAUGAGAUCAAUGAGGAGCCAAUUUGUCCAUCUCCUUUCGUCUUUGAUUUCGAACAGUCAUCCUUAGAUGAAGAAGAUAUAAAGGAGCUUAUAUGGAGGGAGUCUCUGAACUUCAACCCUGAUCAGAUGUUGGAAUAGUUAAUGAUUCUAUUCUGUUACCUUUGUUUCUGUUAAUUUUUGAAUGUCCUGAUUAACAUUUUGUUUUGCUAGAAAGGUUAGUUUAUUAUGAUUGGAUAUGUGUAUAGACGUUUUGUAGAGGGAGAUAGGUUCUCCUUCUCAUUGGCAAGAGAGUGUAUUUGAGUGGGUGAAGCAGCAACCGUCAGUUCUGUCUGUGUGUGAAGAAUUUUCCGGGUUCAACCUCUAUGAAUCCAAGUUCCAGUCCCCUGGAUGAAA